CGGACCCAAGAUGGCUGCGCCCGUGAAAAAAAUAAAACUGCAAUAAUUAUUUGAUUUUGCUCGUUUAUAAUCGAUCUUAAACACUGACAUGGCAAUGAUGUUCAAGAAAAGCUUUUUCAGUGUGCUUGGCCUACUUCCAAAAGUCAGCGAAGUACUUCCAUUGCAAUCUACAAUACCAGGAUCUGGUCUAGUGCUCAAUUCAAAUUAUGUGCGAACAUUUUUCUCUGGGUCAAGUAAAGGACAAGCAUUUCACUUACAUGUACCUUUCAAAAAACCUUCUUACCACAUCUUUGGAGCCACCAUUAGGAAAUGUCAGCCGGAAUCAUCUGCCAUGAGGUUCAACAGUACAGCAUCUUCACAGUUACCUACGAAAUCUGGUAGAUUGGAAGCUAUUCAAAAGCACAUUUCACCUCUUGCAACUAGAAGACCAAUACGGAAAAAACUCGGAAAGGACCAGGCAGUUGAUAAGGAUGUGUUCAAUGUGACAGCUUAUGCUGCUGCGGAAGAAAUUCACCUGGAGUCGUUAAAAAAUGACUUGGCUAUACAGGGUCUUUACGAAUUGUCAUCUCUCCCUAAGGACAUUAACGAUUCUAUUUAUGUUCGUGCUAAAUACAAAGUCGAAAAGGAGCCAAGGGAAUUCUUUAUAUUUAGGGAGGGAGCUGUUGUUUUCUGGAAUCUACCACUUGUUGAGAGACAAGAAGUGCUAAAGUUUCUGAGAAAUCACCAAGAAGAUACGUACAGUCCUGAUCUAGUCAGAGAAGAGAAAGAAGAAAUGGAUUAUUUGUAUACUGACUCAGCAACAAAGCUUUCUGGUGAUGAAAUCCAACUGGGUCAUCCAACAAGCAGUAAAACCGAUGAGAAUGUUACUCCCAUAGAUGAGAAACUUGCUUUAGAGAAAUACGCCUUCUCAAAUGCUUUGUCUUUAUCUGUAAAACUUAGUAUCUGGGAAGCAUCUUUGACUCAGUAUGUUGAUUCUAUAGAGUGGGUGACUGAGGAUUUAAGGAAUGGGAAUCAGAUCAAAAUGUCACGAGCAGAUGUGAUGAAAAAGACUGGAGAACUCUUUACCUUACGCCACCUGAUAAAUCUUAGUUCAGACCUGUUGGACACUCCAGACUUUUACUGGGAUAGACCAGAGUUAGAAGACCAUUAUCUUAAAGCUUGCAAUUAUCUGAAUAUAUCUAGGAGAACUAGGGUGAUGAAUGAGAAGCUCAACUACUGCUGUGAACUUGCUGAACUCCUGACUACCCAUCUGAACGACCAGCACCACACUCGUCUUGAAUGGAUGAUCAUUAUUCUCAUUUUAGUCGAGGUUGUCUUUGAAGUGGUGCACUUGUUGGAGAGGUAUGUCUGAGAGCGACAGGCAACACUACAUGUAAAACAGUGAUGUGACAGCUUAUGGUGGGAGUUGAGGACAUGGGAUAGCAUUAUUAUUGGAUGUUGAAAAACUAAUCAAGUUAGGUGGAUCUGACGUUGUCAUCAGAGACUGAUAACUGAAUUGCUGUGACACACUCAGUCCAGCUGUGUUCCUCGGGACAUAUGGUGCAUGGUUUUUUUCACAAUAGGAAACUUUGUGCUGAAAAAGGAAGUGGUACUAGUCUUACAGACAAAGAGAGAGUUCUCAGCCCUGAGCAUUUCAAACAAAGGAAUUCUAAUGAGUUUUCGUACUCAAGAAGGUGGAGGUGGCAUGAAAAUUGUUCAUUAUCAUCACAUGUAUGUGUACAUGUAUCAUUAUAAUGAAAAAUAAUCUUAUAUCAUAGUAGGCCUAUGUGUUUUGCAAUGGUGCUGUAAAAAGGGUAUGCCCCUGUACAACUACAUGUAUUUCCCAAGUUACUGGGACAAAGGUAUGAUGCAUGUGUAUAAGAAAUAAAAUAAAGAAUCUAUAAAGGUAA